AGUGGAUAAUGUAGUCCAAACUCCAUAGUCCACUUCCUUAAAUUCCCCAAAACAGGACUUUUGGCAGAUAAAUUUUCCAAGCUCGAAGUUCUGCAGAUCAUUUAGCAUUCUCAUAAUACAUAAGCAUAAAUAUGCCUCGUUUGUCCAAUUUAUACCUCUUCAUGUACAACUCUGCUCAAACUAUUGGUUGGGCAGUUGCUUUUUUCAGAAUUUUAUUAGGUUUUUCUACCAGUAAAUCCUUCAAUGGCGCUUUUACCUCUUCUGGGAAACUUAUCUGUUUAUUGCAAAAAGCUGCAUUCUUGGAAGUUAUACAUGGAGCAUUAGGUAUUGUCCCUAGUGGAGUGUUGUUGCCUUUGAUGCAGUGGGGAGGAAGAAGUCAUUAUCUGUUGGUAAUUGUUGGGAAAAUUGCCGAGGUACAAGAGUCUCCAUCUAUAUUCAUAACUUUUGUUGCCUGGAGCAUCAGUGAAAUAAUUAGGUACUCGAACUAUGCUUUAAGCUGUACUGGAAAUUGUCCAUAUUGGUCAACAUAUGUCAGAUACACUGCUUUCAUUCCACUGUAUCCAGUGGGAGUUGCUGGUGAAAUGUGGCUCAUGUACCAAGCACUUACGUAUAUAAAGGAGAAAGACCUUUACAGAGAUUUCUUCAGUGUUCUCCCUUUCAGUUAUUCUACUUUUGUCCAGGUGGUUCUUGUUUGCUAUCCAUUUCUUUGGCUGAAGCUUUACCUGCACUUACUGAAACAAAGAAGGUCUAAGCUGCGUAAACACCAUGAAAAGAAAAAAGAGUGAAGAUUUAAUGCAGUCGCUGCUAUCUCACGGUGGAUUUCUGUGUGCUAUUCUACUAUGUAUGUAUCUCCUGUAUGAUUAAACCUUGAUUCUUUGAAUUCAACCUAAAAGGCAUUUCUUUUAUAACAGUCAUGUUAUAUAUUCUCAUCUA